AUGCUGGCUGCUAACGGCUCAGUCUUCAUGCCUUCUGUACUGACACUAGUUGGGAUUCCCGGCCUGGAGUCCAUACAGCACUGGAUUGGGAUUCCAUUCUGUGUCAUGUAUGUCAUUGCUGUGAUUGGAAAUUCCUUAAUUUUAGUUAAAAUCAAAAUUGAAAACAGCCUCCAUAGCCCCAUGUAUAUUUUUUUAGCCAUGUUGGCAGCAACAGACAUUGCACUUAGCACCUGUAUUCUUCCCAAAAUGUUAGACAUCUUCAGGUUUCAUUCUCCAGAGAUUUCCAUUGAUGCCUGCCUACUGCAAAUGGGGCUUAUUCACUCAUUCCAGGCAACUGAGUCAGGUGUCCUGCUGGCAAUGGCCCUGGAUCGCUAUGUGGCCAUCUGUAACCCCUUGAGACAUGCUACUAUCUUCUCUCAACAGCUCUUGAUUAAUCUUGGAGUUGGGGUGACACUUAGGGCUCUCAUUCUCAUAGUACCCUCCCUAUUGCUCAUCAAAUGCCGUUUUAAACACUACAGAACUACAGUUAUCUUCCAUUCUUACUGUGAACACAUGGCCCUUGUGAAACUGGCAGCUGAAGAUACACGAGUCAACAAGACCUUUGGCCUAUUCAUUGCCUUUUCUAUCCUGGGGUUUUACAUAGUCUUUGUUACACUGUCCUAUAUUCGAAUCUUUAUCACUGUCUUCCAGUUGCCCCAGAAGGAGGCACAACUGAAGGCCUUCAACACGUGUAUUGCUCAUAUCUGCGUCUUCCUGAAGUUCUAAGUCCUUGCCUUCUUCUCUUUCUUCACACACAGGUUUGAUUCCCACAUACCACCGUAUGUUCAUAUCCUCUUGUCAAAUCUGUACCUCUUAGUCCCACCUUAUCUCAACACUAUUGUCUAUGGAGUUAAGACUAAACAAAUCUGGGAACAAGUCUUGAAAAUGUUUUUACUGAAUCAGGGAUGUGACAAAUAA